CAAACAGUUAUAGAAAGCGAAAGAGAAAAAAAUUUAAUUCAAAAUUCUCAAUUUAUUCUCUGUGUGAAAUCAUCUUGAUGAGGAUUUAUCAAGUCACUGCCGAAGAAGCCGAAGUCAUUUCCUACUUUCUGUUCGGCGGCAUAUAUGCGAAAGCCAACAAGCCUCACUCGUUCCGCGGCACUCAAAUUCAAUCUCAUGCCUUGGCUGAACAAGCCAAAGCCAAUGCCUACGCGGCCUUCUCCUCCGGCGACUUCUCCACCGCCGUCCGCCACUUCUCGACGGCGAUGUCAGUUGGUCCCUCCAACUACCUCCUUUACUCAAACCGCUCCGCCGCCUACGCUCGCCUCCACCAGUACUCCGAAGCCUUGGCCGACGCCGAGAAAGCAGUCAAGCUCAAGCCUGAUUGGUCCAGAGGCUAUUGCCGGCUCGGCGCGGCUCACCUCGGCUUGGGCCAGCUCGAUGAAGCCGUAACGGCUUAUAACAAAGGGCUCGAGUUCGACCCCUGCGAUGAGGGGCUCAAAGCCGGAUUAGUGAAUUGUUAUGAGAAAAUGAAUGAUGAUUCAAAUGAUGGGUACAAGUGGCGUAUAUAUGGGCAGAAGCAUGUUAAGGGCAGUAACUAUACACGAAGCUACUACAAAUGUGCUUAUCCGACUUGUCCUGUUAAAAAAAAGGUUGAGCGUUCACCUGCAGGACACAUAACUGAAACUAUCUACAAAGGCUCUCAUAAUCAUCCAAAAUCUGCAGAAGAAAGUAGUAGUGACAGUGAGGAUCAAGGAUCAUCAUGCGUUUGUGAGUUAACUGGAUCAAGCGAUAGUGAGAAUGAAGGUGCUGCAGAAACCAGAGAAGAAGAGAGGGUUGGUGAUGGUGAUGAGCCAAAUCUAAAGAAAAGGAUGACAUAUGCUGUAACAGAACCAAAAAUCACCAAGCAAACAAGAAGUGAAGUACGUGGGAGCAAUGGCAAUCCUCGUCAAGCUAGUUUAGUCUUAUCUUCCUUCAAAGGCAUGUUGUCGUGGCCUAAAAUGUGGCACAAGCUCACAGUGAAUCCAACCACCCAGGCCUACCUUCAAAAUAACGAUUUUGUGAGGAUGAUGCAUGAGCUCCAUAAUAACUAUCUUAAGGACAAGAGGGUUAUACAAGCGCUUGGGGUUUUGUUGAACAUCAACAUCUGGACACCUACUUCUGUGGAUGCAGAGAUUCCUCAGUCUUCGUCUUUGCUGUCACUGCAGCCGGAGAGGAAGAAAAGCGCACAGAUUGAGCUGGCGAAGGAACUGGAUCUGAUGGAGUUGACAGCAGAUGAGGGGAUGGAUAGGGAGUCGCAGGCAUGUAAGGAACAGGAAAUGGGCAAUGCAGCAUACACUAAGAAUGAUUUCGAUACUGCAAUUGCGCAUUAUACUAAGGUGAUGGAGUUGGAUGAUGGGAACAUUUCGUGUCUCAUGAAUCGGGCUGUUGCUUAUCUGGCAAUAGGACAGUAUGAUGAAUGUAUUAAAGAUUGUGAUGAGGUUGUUGAAAGGGGAAGACAACUUAAAUCAGGCUCUAAGAUGAUUGCAAUAACUUUGAAUAGGAAAGGAAUUGCCUUGGUGAAAAUGGCAAAACACUCAAAGGACUAUGAACCUGCUAUUGAGACCUUCCAAAAAGCUCUCUCAGAGCAUUGCAUCCCAGGAACAUUGAAGAAACUAAAUGAUGCUGAACAAGCAAAGAGGGAACUAGAGCAGCAAGAAUAUUUUGAUACAAAAUUAGCUGAUGAGGAACAUGAGAAAGAUGUGGAGGUGGUUGCUUUGUCUCCAAAGACUCAAUUGGCGAUGAAUGAAUUUGUUUGUGAAAUUUGCAAGAAAGGGUUUAAGAGGGAACCGAAUCUGCAACUUCAUUGGCGAGGUCACAAUCUUUCUUGGAAGCCAAGUCAGGGCUUAGUCUCUACAGUUGAUUCAUCGCCGCCAAUGCCAGCACCUGCUCAAGCUGAAGCUCGACUAGCUCCUCCACAGUCAACUGGUGUAAUAUCCUUGGUUUUGCCAAUCAAGAGUCCAGAAGAAACAAGUGAAAAUGAAAUAGCGUCAGAGCAUCAUGGUAUGGAGAUUGAUAUUGAAGAAGUUAAGAUGACUGAUUCAAGUGAACAAAAGAAAUUUGAAAUUGAAGAAAUGGGUAAUGACGCUUCACAAACAAGACAACCAGAUGUUAUACAGGUUGAGAAUAUGCAACUGCAAGCAUCAAGUACUCUGAAACCUCAAAGAGUGUUGUUUGAUAUCAAUGCAGUAAAUAUCCUUAAAUCUAGUGGGCUGAUACAAUCUCAGAUUGAAGACGUUGAGAUGAAAUCUGAAGCAAGUGAGCAACGUGGAUUUUUUCUUAUGCAGAGUGGUUUAGGAUUAACUAUGCCGCCAAAGGAUGAGGAUUGGAAGAACGCCAAAGAGAUUUACUUGAUGGACAACGAGUUGUCCAUUUUACCUGAGAAUCCAAGGUGUCCCAAUCUGUCAGCUCUGUUCCUUCCCAGAAACUACAAAUUGAGAAUGAUUCCUCCGUCAUUUUCUGAUCACAUGCCAGCCCUUCAAAUCCUGAACUGAUUCAGGACUAGUAUCAAGUCAUUGCCUGAUUCCAUUAUCAAAUUGGUAAGCCUCAAAAGACUGUUUCUAAAUAAUUGUCAUCGUCUCAUGACGUUGUCGCCAAAAGUUGGAGAUCUCAAGCAACUUGAGGUUAUUGAUCUUGAAGGGGCAAAGAUUAUGGAUUUACCUAUGGAGAUUAAGGAGUUAACUAAUCUGAAAUGCUUGGAAGUUUCAUUUUAUGGAUAUAUUAGUAAUGGCAAGAAAGUCAUGCAAUCAAAUGUAGUGGUUCCUUGUGGGGUAAUUUCUGCAUUGUCUCUGUUAGAGGAGUACUCCAGAUAACUAGUUGAAUAUUGAUGUGAAUCCAGAUGACGAGCGGUGGUAUGCACGUGUGGAAGAUAUUGUUACUGAAGUAUGUACCUUAAAGAGGUUGGAAACUCUUAAAUUUUAUUUUCCAAGGGUGGAACUUUUGAGGCACUUUCAGUGGAAUAGCCUAAAGCUGUCUCAUUUCAGAUUUACUGUUGGUCGUCAUGCUAAGCGCGUUAUGUCUCGAGUCCCAUGUGAUGUUGAGUUUGAGCUGGAACGAUGGGAGAAAUGUUUGAAAUACGUAAACGGUGUGGGUGUCCCUGGAGAUAUUAAGAAGGUACUCCAACAUGCAGUGGCAUUUUUCUUGGACACGCAUGCGACUGUUAAGAAGCUAUCCGAUUUUGGGCUUAGAAAUAUGAAGCAACUAAAAUGCUGUGUCAUGGGGGAAUGUAAUGAGGUCCAAGUGAUUGUAGAUGAAGCAGAUGCUGAUAAAGAAGAUGAUACCAGUAAAAUAGUAUCUGAUUCAUAUGGUGCUGAAAGAAUUGUUCUAGGAUCACUUGAAUACCUUCAUAUAUAUUAUAUGAAGAAUUAAAGGAGCAUAUGGGAAGGGUCAGUACAGAAGAAUUCGUUAUUUCCUCUCAAGUCCUUGACAGUGCGCACAUGUCCCCAGUUGACCACUAUUUUGACACAAGAGUUGCUUGAUAACCUAUGCAACUUAGAAGAGCUCAAAGUUGAAGACUGUCCCUCCAUCAAAAGCAUAGUAAGCUGUGAAAUCUCUGCUGAGCCUAAAACCUCAUAUUUUCUUCCAAAUUUGAAGAAGAUUUCACUUCAUUACAUGCCAGGAUUAGUUAGCAUCUCUAGUGGUUUAUACAUUGCUCCGAAGUUAGAAUGGUUGAGUUUUUAUAAUUGUCCAGAUCUUAAGAAUCCAUUAAUUGAUGAAAUAUCUAGUCAAGACUUGAAGAAGAUAAAGGGUGAGAGGAGUUGGUGGGAAGCAUUGGAGUGGAGCAACAGUUGUCCAAGUUAUUUGGAAGAAAUUUUUGUUCCAAUUGACAUACGGGAUUGCUGAGCACUUGAAAUAUUCCAUGGUCAAAAUUAGUGUGUGCAUUGCCUUAUGCAAAGCUCAUUGGUUCAAUGUCAUUGAUAGUAUCUAAUCUUAAGCUGAGGCAUCCAUGGACUGCAUUCUAUUUGCUCUGCUCAUAGCCUCAUACUCCUCUUGUAGCAGCUAUGGCGUUUAGAGCUUAGCUAUUUGUGAAAAAAUAUAUAGUGUGUUUUGGUUUCUGGUAAGCCCCAGACUAACAUAGUCCAUUGAAGUUUACGACUGUGAUACUUUUUUUUCCCUCCCCAUUUGAAGCCAGAAUUCUAUCUUGGUUGCAUAGCCAAAAUAAAAAUCAGUGUUUUUACUUUUUAUUCAAGUAACGACAAAUGAAUUAUCAAGAGUAUGCUUU